GUACGAUCGUCGCUUUUGUAUUCUUGCUCAAAUGAUGACGUAAAGUAUAACGAACAACUUAUUAAGGAAAUAGAAGCAAUAUUAGCUAGUACAUUCUCAGGGGAAAAAGAACGUUUACAGAGUUUGAAAGAAUCCGUAGAUAUUUUAGAUCCGCCAGACAUUGAUGCAAAAGAAAACCGUUUGUUUGGAAAUCCACCGACAACUAUAGUAGGAACAUUAUUUUCAGCUAAUC